CUCUCGCCGUGAACGGAACGUGCAUCUGAGCACACCGGCGAUCCAAAAUUUCCUACAUCUUACACAGUUUGGGCAACAUCCCCUAGCGAUAUCACGAAUGAUGUCUUUUUUCAAACGUCUUGUGCUUUUGACUUCCAUGACCAUGUUUACUGGCGCGGCUACAGCAUAUUUUGGCAAUGCCACUUUCUAUGAUACUGGUCUCGGUGCUUGUGGUGUUCAGAGCAAGGACUCUGACUUCAUAGUCGCCCUCUCCUCUGAAUUGUAUGAUAAUGGAGCUCAUUGCUGGAAGCACCUCACCGUCACCUAUGAAGGGAAAUCGAUAGAUGUGACAGUCGUCGACCGAUGUGCUGGAUGUAACAAGUACAGCAUUGAUCUCUCCCCAAGUGCCUUCUCUGCGUUGGCUCCAAAGUCGGUCGGGCGUAUGGUUGUUGAUUGGAGUUACGCUUAG